AUGAGGCGGGGUAUGAGGGAGGGUAUGGGGGGUAUUUGGGGGGUGCACUGCGGACUCGGGAUGAGGAAGGGAAGCGGAUGUGACGUCAUAGCGCUAUCUGGCGCGCUGAUUGCUCGUAAACUCGUCGCCUCACUGAUAACGGAAUAUGAAGGGGUAUCUUCAUUUUACUCAGCUCGUAUUGGCAGCCAGGGCAUUUCUAAAGAUCUUUUAAAAAUCUUGCUUUAUUGA